GACAAAUCAGCGGCGAGCAAAAGUUGCUGUUUGUGAAUGGAUAAAAGUUGCACUUAAUGCAGAGCAAGCCAGUCACCAUGGCAAUGGCCAUCGCAAUGGGGUUCCACAUCGACUGAACCCCCCUUCCUGUAUAAAAGUCAAACGCCUGUUUCCGAACUUUUCAUCGACUUGCAUUCCCCACACCAAGUGCAAGAAAGUGUGACCAGAGAUACCCGCACGUUUCAUAUGCCUUAAGCUUUGAGCUUUUCAAACAAUUCGUCCAAGGAGACGGGCACGAACCGUACUCAUCAUGUCACAGGUCGCACUGGCCACGUCACAGAUCUCUGAGUCACCCGACAAGAAUGCUGUCACCAAGGCUGUCGACCCCAAGCAGAAGGCGGCGGACGUCGACCGCAAGAUGCGCUUCUACGGCGUUCUGCAGGCCUUCCGCGAGGGGCGCUACCCAGACAAUGAGCAAAUUGAUAAUGCACUCAGGUACACCAUCCAGCAAAGCCCAAUAGACGUCUCCAAGCUGUCACCUGAUGGUCAGCGCCUGAUCGCCGAUGUGCGCGAAAUCAUCGAGACCGCACGCCAGAUGGUGCUGCAGAAGAACUCGCACGAGGAAUUCCAGAAGUUCCUCUUCGCUUCUCGCAAAGCCGAUGUCACCGACCGCGUCGGUGUCAAGGCUCCAGUCGCCAAGGAGGACGCCCAAAAUGAUGCCGAGACCGCUGGAAAGGCAUUGCGCUCGCUCAUCAAGCUCUUCUUGCGCAACGGCGAGCUGCGCAAGCUGUUCAACGACUUUGCACUCAUUGGACGAGACGUCUUCGCCGAUGCUGCCUCCAAGGCCGCCGACAUUGCUCGCCCGGAAGAGGAGAAGCUGGCCAAGGUCGACCACCCUGCACCCGACAACCACUUCCACGAAGACAUUCCUCAGACGUUCAAGAAGGUUAAGAAGCUGCCUGAAGCCGCUGAUAAGGCCAAGGAAGACGGCACAGAGGCUGCAGACAAGGCCACCGACCUUAAUGCACCCGUCAAGGAGAACGUGAACAACAUCCUGGGCGCUGUCAAGGCCAGCACUUUGGACAAGAUCCCCGAAAACCGCAAGCAGGUGAUCGAAGAGCACACCGAGAAGACCAAGAAUUAUGUCAAGGAGAAGUUCCCCAAGGCGCGCCGGGACCAGUUCAUCUACCGUCUCAAGAAGGUUGUGGUCGAAUGCCAGCGUCACCACGAGUACCAAGACGCGAUGGAAUUCUUUUUGACUGCCUUUGAGCACUACACCGGCCACGCCAAGUCAAUCGCCGCCCAGGUGGAGAGCAGCGCAACCAACGCUCGCGCUGAAGGCAACGUCCAGACUGCCGAGGCGACUUUCCGCACCUUGAUCGAGCGUUUCGCCAAUGGAAAAUCUACGCAGCCCAUGGUCGACGCCAUAGACCAGAUCUACACUGACGUCAGGAAUGACCCUGAGCUCAAGGACUGGUUCAGCAAGCUCGACAAAUUCUUAAGGAGCUGUCUCCAAUUGCCCGGCUUCAUCAUGAAGGAUGAAGCCAACACGCAGGCUCGUCAGCUCGUCGAGUCCGGUAAGAAGUUCUUCGUCGCCGCCGAUGGCCGUGAGCAGGGCAAGUAUGUCGCUCACAAAGAUAGGCUCUUUGACGAGAUUCAGAGCUUCUUCCUUGCCAUGGGAAAUGACCCGCUCAACAAAAAGUUCGGCGAGGACUGGAAACGUCUUACCCAAGACCUGUUUCUCGACGCAGAGGGCAAGGCAACCUUUAAGUCUCAUCUCUGGAAGGACGUUCGCGACCCUAUCCUGCCCGAGCUUAUGAGCCACAUCGGUCUAAUUCCUAUUCCUCGUAUCGAGUACAGCGACGAGGCCGUCGACGUUGUCAUCGAGAACCUCACUCUCGACGCUGCCAACCUCUUGCCUAACAUUGUGGAGAUUGACGCUCGCAACUACUUCAAGAUGUCGCGGUUCAACAAGCUCGGCGAUGUCCACCGGCACUCGUUCAAGAUCACGCUCAGCCAGAUUCAAACGGACAUGCGCGACAUCCACUUCGCCAUCCGCAAGAAGUCUGGCUUCCCCAAGAUGAAGGACCAAGGUGUCGCCGACAUCCUUGUUGGCGGCAAGGGCCUCACCGUCACCGUUCUCCUCGAGGCUUCCAGCGUGCCGAAGGGCAAGCAGAGAAGGCAUGUCUUCACCGUCAAGCAGGUUAAAGCGAAUGUCCACCGCAUGGACUUUGCCAUCCGUCACAGCAAGCACGACCUGCUCAUCAAGAUCUUCAAGCCGCUUGCGUCGUCGUUGAUCAAGAAGCAGAUCAAGAAUGCGAUCGAGCGCGGUAUCACUGAGGGGCUGGAGAAGGCGGACGUCGAGCUCGUUGAUCUGUUCAACCAACUCGAUGCAUCCAAACAGGAUCCGGAGACCAGUGCAGUCGACGUGGCGAAGCAGAAGGUCGGCUCUGACGAUGCUCUGACAAAGAAGAAAGGUACCUUUAAGCUGGCAACCAGCAAGAGGAACUCGAUCCUGCCCAACAUGGGUGACAAGAGCGGCUGGGUCAACCGCAUCGACGAGCGCUCAGACGCUGCCAAGGCUGAACAGGCCGGCCGCCCUGACUGGCACUCCCCUGCGUUCAGCAUUGUAUCUUCGAACCAGCCAGAGCCGAAGAACGUCGGUAACCUUCCGACCUCAGGCCGAGUAAGCUCAAAGCCGAACGGCAACCUCUCGAACUCCACCAACGGCGUCGUCACGAGCGGGCCUGAGACGGGCUUUUCGAUCGCCGCGGGUAACUAACGUCCAAUCGCAUCGCAUAGCUGGGCUCGCAAUACCAUCACAGAUCCGAUACGCAACCGAUAAUUAACAACUGCCAUCCGCCAAGCCUCCAACAAUCAUCAGUCAAUUCGAAGCAGCAAACUCAGACUUGUCAAAACGUCUUGCCUAUUCAUUCUUGGGAGCUCCAAGAUGGUCGAGCGAGGGGUAGGGGAGCUAUCUAUGCAAACCGUGAUUGUUUAGGGCGCAUACCCCUCCUGCCCAAGGUCCGUUCGCCUCAUCAUACUCGCAUGCGCACCUAGUACCAUACCAUUUUUAGGAUUGUCACACCUGUCCAUUUCUCGUUUCCGCCUGCUUGCUUUUUUGAAUGAAAAUGUAUGUUGAUCCAUCUUUGCAAGUCUGACCCAAUGACUCUUCAGCAUGUACUAUACGCGCGAUUUGACCUGUACAGAGACGCCGAGCUCAUCAGAAUAUGCACUGAGC